UAUAAAAUUUCAAAAAUUAACUGUUAAUACUAAUUGCCUACAUCAUGAAAUUAAUAAAGUACAUUGACAUUAUUCGUUAGCAAACUUAGAAGGUUAAUCAUGCACACGUAUGAAAUUGUCUAUAACGUUAUUAAUAAAAUUAUUAGGUUAAAGUGUUAGUGUGUUACUUAAGACAUUAAGUCUUAACCCAAGGCCAAAUUUCGAGCGUGUUUCUCAACUUUCUCGGAUUCUGUAGUACUACUGAUACUAUCCAUGGUUGGUUAAUCCAGCACUGUUCGUAUUACAGUCACUAGUAGUAACAACUGUUCAAUUAAACCUACAGCUAGUAAAGUCAGAGACAGUCUCUACAGUGUGUAUAGAGCUGUAUGUAGGAAGCUGUUUCAGACAGUUUAAGUUCACAGCCUAGCAUCAAUAGCAGAGUCUGCAGUAUUUAGAAGUGUCACUGUAAAGCGUAAACUUUGAUUGACCACUUGAGGAGUGAAAGCACACUAAAUGUAACCAGGUUCUGUGUGUUUUAAAGAAUGGCUAUCAGUCAGUUUAGCACCUGUCCCCACAUCGUCAUUGUAGGAAAUUAUACUAAAGAAGACAUCAUCAAAAAACAAGAGCUAAACAAAUGUGAUUCAUGUACAGCUCGUGGACCAUACCUGUGGGUUUGUUUGCAUCAUGACUGUUUGUAUGUUGGUUGUGGAGAGGCCUCAGUUGACCACAGUAGCAAGCACUUCAAGGAAAAGCCUGAUCAUUCUUUGACACUAAACUUGACAACUCUACGUGUAUGGUGUUACCUGUGUGAAUGUGAAGUAUUCCUAGAAAACAAUGACCCACCAUUACCAGGAAUGAUCACCGGACCAAUGCGACAUAUUUCUUCGAGUAAAGUAUAUAUAGCUGACCCUGUUUCAGAAGAUGACGAAGAAGAAGAUUGUCAGAAUUUGAAACCACGAGGUUUGACAGGGUUACAGAACCUUGGAAAUACAUGUUAUAUGAACUCAGCCCUUCAAGCUCUAUCAAAUUGUCCUCAGUUGACAAAUUUUUUCCUGGAUUGUGGUUCAUUUAUACGGUCUGACAAAAAACCUAAUGUAGCAAGAAACUAUAUGAAAUUGGUCAAAGAGAUGUGGCACAAGAAAAGACCCAGUUACGUUGUCCCUUCUGGUGUGGCCUAUGGGAUUAAAAUGGUGUUUCCUGUAUUUAGAGGCUAUGGGCAACAGGAUGCUCAAGAGUUUUUACGAUGUAUAAUGGAUCAGCUUCAUGAGGAAUUAAAAGAACCUAGUGUUGAAGUAGAUAGCAGUGUUUCUUCUGAUUGUAAUGAUGAAUUUGAUAGCUGCCAAGGGGAAGGACCAGUUGGACAUUUAGAAGAUUCAAGUCCAUCUGAAGCUGAGUUUGAAACAUGUGAUUCUGGACUAAGUAGUGAAAAAAGUUCAUGUGAUGAUGAAAACCCAGAGGGUAGAGAUUUUGUUGUUACAGAAGAAGACACAAAAGGUUCAUCUGGAGUUGACUGUAAUGGAGUUAAUUUACAGCAUGUCCAAUUGUCAGUUAACUCUGAACCAGCAAUUAACCAACAAGAAAACUUAAGAGAAAUAAGUGAACCUAUGAAUGUUUCACAAGAAGCCUCAACUCUAGAGGAUAAGUGCUGUCUAGGAGCUGGUGAUUGUGAUCGGGAAAUACCAUCCACAGAAACUCCCGAAGGACACCUUCUUCAUGAAAAAAAGUCUCCCCCUGUAAAUCAGAGGAAUAGUCGUCAAUCAGAGCAGAGAAGGCAUAGCAAUCAAGGAAUUCACUCUGGAAAAUUACAGACGCGAAGCCAUGGACAAAGAGAAAGACUGUCUCCAUCAUCACAGGGCUAUAUUCUCAAUAUUAAGUCUCUUGGAAAAAGAAGAAAAUCUGUCGUCUGUCGCAGUGUGAUCUCAGAUAUUUUUGAUGGGAAGAUUUUAAGUUCAGUACAAUGUCUUACCUGUGAUACGGUGUCAACAACAAAGGAAACAUUUCAGGAUUUAUCUCUACCAAUUCCAGGUCGUGACCACAUUUACAUGUUGCAUUCUUCCCUUAGUAAUCAACAGAAAGGUGGUGUAGCAUGUACUGAUGCUUACAACAGCAAAGGAUGGUUUAACUGGUUAUUUGGAUGGAUGUUUGGCUGGUUCUGGGGCCCAACAGUGAGCUUGCUUGACUGUCUAGCAGCCUUCUUCUCUGCAGAUGAGCUGAAAGGAGACAACAUGUACAGUUGUGAAAAAUGCAAGAAACUACGGAAUGGGAUCAAGUACUCAAAAGUCCUACAGUUACCAGAAGUUUUAUGUAUUCAUCUGAAACGUUUCCGUCAUGAGGUGAUGUUCUCUUCUAAAAUCAGUAGCUUUGUGUCAUUUCCACUAGAAGGUUUGGAUAUGUCGCCUUUUCUUCACAAAGACUGCCCUAGAGAGACUACAACUUACGACCUAGUUGCUGUCAUCUGUCACCAUGGAACAGCAGGCUGUGGACACUACACAGCUUAUGCUUUGAAUUACCUUAAUGACCAUUGGUACGAGUUUGAUGAUCAGUAUGUAACAGCAGUAGAUCCUCAGGUUGUACAAAACUGUGAAGCCUACGUCUUGUUCUACAGAAAAUCGUCAGAAGAAAUAGUUAAAAAGCGACAACGUGCAGUGGAAUUAAUGGAAAGAAGUAAGAAUGAGCCAGGAUUACUACACUUCUACAUUUCUAAACAGUGGGUUAACAAGUUUAACACAUUUGCAAAUCCUGGACCAAUCAGCAACUCUGAUUUUCUCUGUCCUCAUGGAGGUGUACAUCCAAGCAAGGCAUCUUUUGUGGAGGAGCUGUGUACAGUCUUAUCUCAGUCUGUUUGGGAAUACCUGCAUGAUACUUUUGGAGGAGGUCCAGCCUGCACUCAUCUAUAUGUGUGUCCUUGCUGUUUGGCAGAUCAAGAAAGCUUAGAUCGUCGACGUACACAAGAACAUGAUACUUUUGUAGCUUUAAACAAGGAGUUUCAAGCUUUAGAGUCCCCAUCUGUAGUAUAUGCCAUCAGCAUGAGUUGGUUUAAACAGUGGGAAAGUUUUGUUCGGGCUAAAGAGAACGAACCACCUGGUCCAGUUGAUAAUUCUUCAGUUUGUGUGAUGAGGAAUAACCAACCUACUUUAAAAUCAGGUUCAGAUUACGGUUCCCUGUCAGAAGAGAUGUGGAGGUUCCUUUACAACAUAUAUGGUGGAGGUCCUGAUAUCAUUCUUCAACAGAAUAUUCCAACGAUGUCAACAACAUCACAACCUACUAUUUCCCGUCCUAUGGGUUCAGGAUCAAUGACUGGGGUAUACAGCUCCCCAUCUCUCUCAACCAAAACAACCAUAUCUAAUCAGAUGGUUCAUACAGGGUCAGCACCUUCCUUGAAUACUUUGACCACUGUUAGACCCUCAGGCAAAAAGAAAAAUCUUGGCAAUGUUUCGCAUCCCGUACAAGACACUGUGGAUAUGGAAACAACAGAUAAACCUGAUGAUACAAAAAAUGUUUAAUAUGAUAGUGUUUGAAAAUUUACAUUUUAAUUUAUCUACUAAAUUAAUUACUUAAGCCAAUGUUGCAAGACAGGACUAUCCAGAAUGAUUAUAUGUCACAUUAACACACUUGAAAUCAUUUUUUAAACAGUAUACCAGCUUAUCAAAUAUAACGAUAAAAAAUGUCACUUUUUCGGAUUUAAAUUUUUUUAUC